AUGAAAGAAAGAGCACGGCAAGGUAUAGGAGUAGAUGUUAACCAUGCAAAUUUGAUAACACAGGAACAAGAAAACUAUUUGUGGGAACAUGGUUUUCUAGGUAGUGGAAAUGCAGAAUUACUUCGCGAUACGUUGGUUUGGGUUUUAGGCGUUCAGUUUGCUCUGAGGGCUGGGCAAGAACACAGAAACUUGAGACUAAGAAAUUCACAGUUGUCUCUACAGUGUGACGAAUUGGGGCGUGAAUUUUUGCAGUAUACCGAGGAUAUCCGUAAGACAAAUAAUGGGGGAUUGAGCUAUUUGCGUAUCAAAAGGAAAGUUGCCCGGGCAUAUAAGAAUUUGACAGAUGUUGAGCGAUGCCCUGUUGAGCUGUAUAAACAAUACUUGUCUCACGUGCCAAAUGAAGCCAACGACAACGCAUUUUAUUUGCGCGCUUUGCCAAAGUCAAAUGGGGAAAUAUGGUACUACAAAAGGGCAGCAGGGAGAGAAAGUUUAGGAAAUGUUGUAAAGAAAAUUAUGAAAAAAGCGCAGUUCGUUGGCCACUACAUUAAUCACUCUCUCAAGCGUUCUUGUGCUACGCGGUUGUAUGAUGGUGGUGUUUCAGAACAACUUAUCCUAGAAACGACCAGUCAUCGGUCUUCCGAUGGUGUCAAGAGCAUAUAA